CAUCCCGCGAAAUCAUUACUUCAUUCACUUCGCAAAUACUUGAGACUCUCUCUCUCUCUCUCUCUCAUAUCUGAAUCCAUGGCUGGAAGAGGAAAAUCAAUCGGCUCCGGUGCCGCCAAGAAGGCCACAUCUCGGAGCAGCAAGGCCGGUCUUCAGUUCCCCGUCGGCCGUAUCGCCCGGUUCUUGAAAGCCGGCAAGUACGCCGAGCGUGUGGGCGCCGGCGCCCCUGUCUACCUCGCCGCCGUCCUUGAAUACCUCGCCGCCGAGGUUUUGGAAUUGGCUGGAAACGCCGCACGUGACAACAAGAAGACGAGGAUUGUGCCGAGGCACAUCCAGUUGGCUGUCAGGAACGACGAGGAGCUCAGCAAGCUGCUUGGCUCCGUCACCAUCGCCAACGGCGGCGUUAUGCCCAACAUCCACAACACGCUCCUCCCCAAGAAAACCGGCACCGGCAAAUCUGGCCCCGCCGAAGACUAAAAUUUGAGCUUCGAUUAAUUCCCUUUUGUAAAAAUAGAGGACAAAAAAUGGAGAUUAGUGUGGUUUAGAUUAGGUUAGCUUUGCAGUUUUUGGGUUGUUUUUGUGAUUUUAAUGUUCAAUCUACUUGAAAGAAAUGAAAUUCUGGGUCCAAUUUGUUGUUCAUUAAA